UAAGUCCCAGGCUGCCCUUCACCAGGGCCCCUGAUGGUGGGGAUGGACUUGACGCAGCCAGGGACCAGUUCGCAGCCCCCGAGACACCCCAGCUGCGGUAAUGGCCGCCGCCAAUGGCGUAUAGUUGGUAGGAACCAGAAGACAAUAGCGUAGUCGGGCAGGCCGGGUCGAUAACAACGGGACAGACAGUACAGAACGGUAGACAAGAGGGAGGUCAGAUAAAGGGAUAACGCAGAGAAUAGUCUAGUCAAAAGCCGAGUCAGUUUCCAGGAGAGCCACGAGAG